CAAGUAAAACUUGGCAGCCCUGAUUACAUAGACUGUGACAGGGAAAAGGUUCUGGAAGACUUUCUAAAGAGAAUUGAAUGCUAUAAGGUCAACUACCAACCCUUGGAUGAUGAACUGGACAGCCACCUAUCCUACAUCAAGAUCUUCGAUGUGGGCACACGCUACAUGGUGAACCGAGUGCAGGACCACAUCCAGAGCCGCACAGUCUACUAUCUCAUGAACAUCCACGUCACACCCCGCUCCAUCUAUCUGUGCCGGCACGGUGAGAGUGAACUCAACCUCAGAGGCCGCAUCGGAGGUGACUCUGGUCUCUCAGCUCGGGGCAAGCAGUACGCCUAUGCCCUGGCUAACUUCAUUCAGUCCCAGGGCAUCAGCUCUCUGAAGGUGUGGACGAGCCACAUGAAGAGGACUAUCCAGACAGCUGAGGCCCUGGGUGUUCCCUACGAGCAGUGGAAGGCCCUGAACGAAAUUGAUGCGUCCUAUGAGGAUCUGGUUCAGCGUCUGGAGCCAGUUAUAAUGGAGCUAGAACGGCAGGAAAAUGUACUGGUGAUCUGCCAUCAGGCUGUCAUGCGGUGCCUCCUGGCCUACUUCCUGGAUAAGAGCUCAGAUGAGCUGCCAUAUCUCAAGUGUCCUUUGCACACAGUGCUUAAACUCACACCUGUGGCUUAUGGCUGCAAAGUGGAGUCCAUCUACCUGAACGUGGAAGCCGUAAACACACAUCGGGAGAAACCUGAGAAUGUGGACAUCACCCGAGAACCUGAGGAAGCUCUGGACACUGUCCCUGCCCACUACUGAGCCCUUUCCAAAAAGUAAAACUGCCUUUGCUCUCACUGUCUCCCACUUUUAAGAGCUGCUAUCCUUGCACUUCUCCUACCUUAAGAUCCUGGACUUGGCCUACAGGUCUUGAUUUCUAGCUACAACCAAGGAGCUGUCUAGCUGUGAAUUAAACUUUUUCUUUCUUAAUUACUAAACCCUUAUCAAUAAAGAUUUCUCUUGCUGCCUACAAAA